GGCAACGUUGCGUGGUCGGGGCUGUAGCCUCUCGCCCAUCCAUAAAAUAAACUAGGCAGACUCCCCGUUCGGCCCUGCCUCUCUCUCUCUUUCAGAUCUCCUUUAUUUUCGUCGCUCCUGCAUCGCAACCAUGCCAUCUCUACCACGAUUCAAUCCUACCAGGUGCGCCGCGCCGAUGGGGCGGUGGUCGAUUCUCCGUCAAACGGAACGGGUCCAGCUGAGGACCUGUUCUUGAGCAUCGAGGGGAUUUUGGCCUGCAGCGCGACCUAGGCCCUGUUCGGCGUCACUCCGCUCCGGGGACGGAUGGAGUUAUAGUGCAAAAUCUAGGAGCCAGCAAACUGCCGCUCCGCAGAUCCUAGGAGCCGUGGCCUUAAUCUCCCUCCACCCAUGUGUGCAAGGUUGAGCAAGGCCUAAAGGAAUUCGACGCCUUCUAAAUCAGGCUACGGAGAUUCACGCCAUGUGUGCUGAUUUUGUCAUGGAUCUUGGCGCUGCAAAGUCCGACUACCACAUAGCCACAGCUCCAAGAAUACGCGGAGGAGGUGGCCCGGGUCGGCGUCGGCGCCGUCCGGCACGGGCCACGGGCCCGCUUCCAAGCGCGUCUGCGCGUCGGCCACUCACGCCGUGUCCUUCAAGUGCCACUUCCACCGCACCAACUCCCAGGGUCACGGCCAUGGCCAGGGCCAGGGAAGCCGCCCUUCUUUGCCCCCUUCACCGGCCGCGGCACCCGGCCUCGUCGUCCUCGUCCUCCAGCACUGUCACGACCCAGUGACGCAGCCCAAGCAUCGGCCUCGAGAAUCAAGAACGCUCGACAAUGUAGAGGGAAGGAAAGGUCAUAUACAUGUCAUAAGAAAGGGAGUUUAUUUACUGCUCCCUCGAUGUAUUGUUUCCUUUGUUUGGAGAUUGAUUACCAUCCGUGAGUUAAGGUGUGGCUAAUGGUGUGGGUGGAUGCUUUAGCUUCUCCGGUUGUCGGAUCUAAAAGAAGGACGUCGUCGUCAUGUUCCAAACUAGCUUGGUCUCGCCGUCGUUCACUUGCGCUUCAUAUAGAGGUUAUCAGGUUUGUGAUGCGUAUAUUAUCAUAUUAUUUACACAUAAGUUAUCGGAGGUUGGAUCGGAUUCAGAGGAGGCUAUAAUAAGCACUCAAUCCUGAUUUUCGACGAUUGUCACACACCAAAGGAGCAUCGUUUCAAGAAUAACUGCUGGCGUUUUGUUUGUCGACGCAAGUUGUCUGUUUUGUUCCUUUUGAGAUCGGAUCGCCAUGAAGUUCAAUAGAGAUCGCCGCCGCAGCCGUGAUUCGAAGAAAGCAGCUUGUUAUGGGGAGGAAAGGCUAAGCGAGCUGCCAAGUGAUGUUGUGGUCAAAGUCCGUGAGACGGUGAAAACACAGUCGAAGAAAGCAGCUGGUAAUAGGGAGGAAAGGUUACGCAAGCUGCCCAAUGAUGUGCUGGUCAACAACAUCCUCGAGACGGUGGAAACACAGUCUGCCAAAACAGCUGGUAAUGCGGAGGACAGGCUAAGCAAGCUGCCCAAUGAUUUGCUGAUCAACAUCCUCGAGAGAGUUGGUACCCUUGAUGCUGUAAGAACCUGCAUCCUUUCGAAGAAAAUGCAGAAGCUGCCAACUAUGCUCUCGCAAAUUGUAAUUGAUCUUAGCCCUCGUGAUUUGGUUCAAAUGGAUGGUGUUGUGGCUGACGUGACGGACAAGAUCCUUAGUACGAGGUCUCCACAGAUCACCGUUCGCAAGCUGAAGCUCAAAUUUUUCUUGGUUCCCUCUCGCUGUCUCUCCAUCGGAAAAUCGGUCGGCCUCGCCAUGGCGACCCAGAAGUUGGAUGCAGCUGAGUUUGAGAUCAUGCCACUGAGGGAUAACGGAUGUUGCACUGAUGCCCAUCGCCUGCUCUUUGGUCAGCAGUUCAAUGAUUUUGUUCGUGAUUGCCAGGAUGCAUUUGCUGGUCUCACGCGGCUGGAUCUACGGUUUUUGAGGUUUGGUGAAUCGAACAUACCCAACAUUCUUAGCACCUGCAAGCAGCUCGAGUCCCUGUCUUUCUUCGAGUGUGAUGGGGGGUUCCGCUCGGUGCUGCAUGUAGAACACGCUCGACUCGUUGAGCUUGUUAUCACCUUUGGGGAAUUUAAAACAGUGGUGCUUGACUGUCUACCAAAGCUCCAGCGGAUGACCUACAAUCAUUGGCCCUGUGAUGAAAAUCCCUUGGUUCUUGGUUUUGUCCCUCAGCUUUGGAAGCUCAGUCUUGCUAAUGCAAACCUUUCAGGCAAGAUCCUCAACUUAAGCAAGCUGCUUGCCAGUGCACCCACAGUAAGCGAUUUGUAUCUGGACUUUGUAAGCGAAAAGAUUUGGGUUCAACCAGAAUGCCCAAAAGUCCUUGCUCCUGUGCUUGCCAAACUCCGAUUUCUGAAGCUGGAUCACCACCCCGAAGAAUGUGAUAUCUCUUGGACAAUGUUCGUUCUUGAAGCUGCACCACACGUAGAGGAGCUCUGCAUUACAGUAUGGGACCAUAAGUGCCGAAUGGAGUCACAAAAGAGUUUGUCCGAAAUAUCGGAUGUGAAGUGGGAGCCAUCUGAUCCUCAUUUUAAGCACAAGAAUCUGGCGAGGCUAAUUAUCUAUGGCUUCCAGUCCGAUGACAAUUUCACGGGAUAUGUCAUGCGUGUAAUUCAAGCUGCGGUGAACAUCAGGGAGGUAUCCCUACACGACAGGAAGGUGUGCGAAUUUUGUGCCGAGAAGUUCCCUCACAUGGAGGUUCGUCCUUCGAGUUAUCCACGGACCAGCGAGGAGGUGGAUUUGUUGAGGAAGAAGAUGACAGCAGGGUCAGCGACGGCUUCUCCUGAUAUCCACUUCCGCUCAUAAGGAUAAGGUCGAGUUGAAGAUGAAUCUCAAUGUGGUUGGAAGGACUCCCCUAUCUCAAAGACCCAAUUGGUUGCUUACUACGUCAACGAUCAAUCUUGGAUGUGGUUGGAAGGACUACCUGAUCUCAAAGACAACGUCAGCGCUAUUGCUUUUCUGCAAAAAUGUAUCUUGGCUACCAAUUUGUUGGAACAACUCAUUUAGCUAUUUUAGACAAUGAAAUGUCUAGCAUAAGCACAUCUAUGUUGUGGUUGUGCAGUUCAUGCUUAUGUUGAAUUCAGUCAAUAUUCAGUACAGUACUAUGAAUGAUGCUCUGUUAUUUUUUC